AUGUCUGAACGUCAUCAUAAGCCGCAUGUUGCAAAUAAUGAGGAAUCACGAAGAGUAUCGUAUCACAAGCCAAAAUCACGAAUAAAUAUUUCGUGGAACAGGUUCUUGUAUAAUGUGCGUUAUAUUGGUCUGCACUGGAAAGAUCGAAUAAUUGUGAAAACUGCUGCUGUCAUACUUAUUUAUACCGUUGGGUUAUAUGCUUUCAUUAAAAAAUAUUACGGCAAUGAACAUCCGCUGAAUCGUUACCAAUGGAGGCAAAUGAAGAGGAAUGGCCAUCUAAGCGAGGAAAUGUUGCGUAAGGAAGAAAUUGUUCAAAAUUACAUGAAAAAACCAUUUAAUAGAAUUUAUGAGAAAGAACCAGUUUAUGCCGUACGAAAGCAAGGUCCACCUGGUGUGUUGUGA